CUCACUCAGGCAAAGGGACAAACCAGUGAUGUGAGGCUGCAUGUGAACUUCUCUUCAGAAGGAGCUCAGAUUGAACGGAGAGGAAUCAUGUCUCUGCCUUUAUCGCGCUGUGUCUGCAGGCUUCUGUCGCGACCGAGCUCCGCGUCCAGCGUCCUGUCGCGAGAACCUGUCCAUGUUGUCUCCAGGAGUCCUUGGUUUGCUUCGGUGAUGACACUGAAGACAUCUGCCCCUCUGAGAGCAGAGCCCAAGAAGAAGAAGAAGGUGGACCCAAGAAGGGACCAGUUACUGAGAGAACGGAUGAAAAAGAAGCUGAAGAAGUUGGAAAAGGUUCCUGCUGAAUACAUCCCGAUAGAAGAUUUCAUGACUCCAACCAAAUGCUUGGAUGAAACGAGGGAGCGCUCUACACCGAGGCUGUCAUUUGAACAAAGUGAGGCUCGAGCCCUGCUGCUGAAGGAGUGGAGUCUAUACAAACAGGAGCAGCACAUGGCUGAAAUGCAGGUUGUUGAACUUGCUCUGGAGGCGCAGAGGGAAGCGCUGGAGGAGCUGAAGCUGGAGUCUGAGGAGCUGUACCAGGCAGCGCUGAAGCCAGACCCCCUCCUGUUCCCCUUCAGUCACGAGGGUCCUGCCUACACGCCGCCGAAGACCUAUGAAGCUCCGGAUGGGAAAUACAAUGACAUCACUAAAGUUUACACCCAGUGAUGGACAGGGCACAAGCUGUGGGUGUAGACUGUGUAUUGUUGUUUCUUUGGUGUAUCCUUGUUUGUACAUGAGUCAAUAAAUCAGGAAGCAGCUUUUCUAACAGUGAAGAUGAAGGAGUGAAUUGUCAUCAAGCGUAUGAAGCUGACGUCACGUCCGCUCUCUCACGUCUGUAUUAUCACUUGUUUUCCCCCCAUUUUCACAUCUCUGUGUAUAGCAUAAAAAGAAAAUAAAACUGAAUUUUUUUUAUUUA